UAUUGUGGUAAAGAAUAUGGCGGAAGUUUUGGGACUGAAAAAGAACAAAAACAGACCGAAUUCGAUCAACUGAUUGUUGAAAAAAGUCCUACUGAUUUAAAAUGGGUUUCGCAAUUUAAUGCCAAAAGAUUAAAAUUAGCUCUUUUAGUGGAA